GAGGAAGAGGAGGAGGAAAGGAAGAACGUAGAAACGUAAAAAGAAAGAAAGCAAGCAAGAAAAUAGAAAAGAAAAGAAGAAUAAGAACGCGUUAGAUUGAUGUCGAUCGGCAUGAUCGGUGGUGCGUCUCCAUGGAAGGUGGGCCAUUGAGGCGUACGGUGGGCGGCUGUGCGUCGAACCUCGAAAGGGAACACCACGCGUCGAAGAGAAGAAGGCGUCUGUCGACGAGACAAGUUUGAUAUCCUUGAUCUCUUCAAGACGAAUAAGAGAGGUAAAUAAAUAGAUAGAGAUAAAUAGAGAGAGAGAGAGAGAGAGAGAGAGAGAGAAAGAGUGAGGGGGAAAGGGAGAGGGAGAGGGAAAGAGUCCACUCCAGGGACAUACGCACAAGCCGUGUCCGGGAGAUGUACGGAAUCUCGAGAGGAGCUCGUCGCGCGGGUGGGUUUAAUUCGAUGCGACAUCGUCAUCAUAAUCAUCAUCGUCAUCAUCAUCAUCAUCGUCGUCAGAGAUUCGCCGACGGAGUUAACGAAAGGUUCGAAAGUAUUGCGGCAAAAGUUAACGAAGAAAAAUCAAGAGUAGUAAUAAUAAGAGCAAAAGGAGAAACAGCAGAAACGGCAGAGACAGUAGCAGCAACAGCAACAGCAAUAGCAGCAGCAGCAGCAGCAGCAGCGGCAACGGCAACGGCAACAAUAGCGCGCCGGUGGCAGUGACUGUCGGCGGUAGUUUGGUGGGAGUUGAAGGGGGAAACGGUGAAAGAGAGAGGGGGAGAGGAGCGUGUUUUUCCGAGAUUCGUCGUCGAAGAAGAACGAGAGGGUCAGUUCCGGCCCGCUCGGCUGGCCGUGCGCGUCUAUUCUUUGGUUAUUCGUUCGUCGUUCUAUCGUGUAUGUGUGUGUGAGAGAGCGUGUGCGUGUACGUGUACAAGUUACACACACACAUAUAUAUAUUAUAUAUAUAUGUAUGUAUGUAUGCGUGCGUGUAAGCAAGUUAAGUAAGUGAGCAGCGAGAUCGUUGUGCGCGCGAGGUACGGUUAAACGGCCUUAUCUAAAAAGAAGAGUGAGAGAAGGAGAGGAAGAGAGAGAGAGAGAGAGAGUGAGUGAGAGAGAGAGAGAGAGAGGGAUAGCGAGGAGGGAGGAAGAAGAAGGAUAGAGAUAUAUACACAAACGUGCGGGCGCGCGCGCGCGCGCACUCACUCAACGCGAACCAAGUGCUCGACGAACACACAGUGCGUGCAUUUGAGUCACGCGCGCUCCUCUGUUAAAACUUCUUUUCGAAUACGGUAGAAGAGAACUUUUAAAGGAAAUUCUCUCUCUUAUAUAUACACGUAUAAAUCUCUUUAGAAGGAGAAGGAGGAAAAAAAAGUUCGAAUGGGAUAGUGGAGAUUCGGAGUGACCGGUUCGUUGAAAGAUAGAAAGAGAGAAAGAAAGAAAGAGAGAAAGAGAGAAAGAGAGAGAGAGAAAGAGAGAGAGAGAGAGAGAAAGAAAGCGAGAGAGAGAGAGAGAGAGAGAGAGUGAGAGUGAGAGAAAGAGAGAAUAUCUUGAAGCGGUGGCCGCGCCUCACACGACUAUCAUCAUCGAGAGAAGAGCGUCAGAGGUGGUAGCAGAGUGACAGCAACGGUGGUGGUGGUGGUGGUGGUGGUGGUGGUUGUGGCGGCGAUACUCCAGCAACGCUAUAUAAUCUCUGGAAUGUGACAGGAAACUCCCGUAGCGUGGAAAAUCUUGGAAAAGGAUUACCAUCGGACGUCCCUUAGCAAGAGAUAAAAAUCAGCUGGUAUGUCAAAUAAUCAGCUGGUUGACUCCUGUCUGCUGGUGAAUCGCCGGAUUGAGCAGAGACAGGAGCACAACAUAACGCGCACUGAGAUAACGCAGAGACGCGUACUUCAGGACAAAGGUUCCGACAUGCCACAGUAUACCGGACAAAGUGACGCGGACUAUCAUGGAAGUAACGGACAAGCGGAUACACAUUCGUUACACUCAUCCCAUCUGUCUGUCCAAGAAGAUCCAUUGCUCAUCCGAACUCAUAAACAACAAACUUCACAGCAAGUAACUACCGUGACGAAAGUAGUGCGUGAGGUUUCACACAUGGAACCAGAUCCAGGUGCAGUCAGUUACAUGUCGGUGCCAUUGAUGUCGCAAGAGUAUCAACAUGCUGAUCCGAGAUACCCAGCGGAUCCAUACAUGGUCAGUUUUGACCAUUACGAUCCAUACCUCGGCUACCCUCCGCAACCUGGUUACCCAGGUCCUCAUGGAAUUUACAUGCCACGAUCGCAUUCACCACACAGCCCGCAUAGUCCGUCAGAGCACAGUCGUGCAUCACCACCGCAUGAAUAUCUGCGUAAAGCAGCACCAUUCGUGGAAGGUGGUUACAACGACAUUGACCCAGGCCUUAAUCCGGCUUUGCAAGAUCACUAUCGCAUCACUCCAAGUCCUGGCGGUCCCGGAGAUCAAUAUGAUCAGAUCAGCAACUCAUGGAAUAUGGAUGACUCUGGCGAACCUUCACAACAUCCUCAUGAUGAGAGUAAAGUGGCCUAUGGUUACGUAUCUCCGUCCCCAUAUGGACCAGUAGGAUACGGCCCUGGCGUUGGGGUAGGUCCAGUGCCAGUUCUUAACGAUGUUCCCGGAUAUGACGAAGGUCAUCCAAUUCCAUUGUCGUCUGGUGUACCACCUGGUAUAUUCGAGGACGAGGUACACCUUCAGCGAUUACAAUCCGGUCAUCCAGUCGUUCCUGGAAUGGCAUCGCCCUUGGACGAUGAUCAAAAAUCAAUGAGAUGGAGAGAUCCUAAUUUAUCGGAGGUUAUAGGUUUUCUGAGCAGUUCAGAUAACAUAAUCAAAGCGAAUGCAGCUGCCUACUUGCAACAUCUUUGUUAUAUGGACGAUCCGAAUAAACAGAAAACACGUAGUUUAGGAGGAAUACCACCCUUAGUGCAAUUAUUAAAUCAUGACGAUCCAGACGUUUAUAGAAAUGCAUGUGGGGCGUUACGAAACUUAUCUUACGGAAGGCAAAACGAUGAGAACAAGAGAGCGAUAAAGAACGCCGGUGGUGUACCCGCUCUAAUUCAUUUGUUGCGUAUGACGCUUGAUGCCGAUGUAAAGGAACUGGUAACCGGAGUACUGUGGAAUUUGUCUUCUUGCGAAGAUUUGAAACGAUCGAUCAUCGACGACGGGGUAACGAUGGUAGUGAAGAAUAUAAUAAUACCUCAUAGCGGUUGGGAUCCAAGUUCUUCGAGCGGUGAAACAUGUUGGUCUACGGUAUUUCGUAAUGCAUCGGGUGUUUUAAGAAACGUCUCUAGUGCUGGAGAAUACGCGAGAAAGAAGUUAAGGGAAUGUGACGGACUUGUGGAUGCCCUUUUAUACGUAGUGCGUUCAGCUAUCGAAAAGUCGAACAUUGGUAAUAAAAUAGUGGAAAAUUGCGUCUGCAUCUUAAGAAAUUUAAGUUAUCGGUGUCAGGAAGUUGAGGACCCGAAUUACGACAAACAUCCGAUACAGUCGGCCGUGCAGAACAGAGUUGCAGCACCGGUGAAAGCAUACAGUUUAUGCCAAGGUGAAAAUUUGGGUUGCUUUGGUGGUAGUAAAAAGAAGAAGGAUGGACAACCGGUUCAAAAGGAGAACGCAACGUCACGCACGACGAGCCCAAGAACGGAACCAGUCAGAGGGAUGGAGUUACUCUGGCAACCGGAAGUCGUUCAGUCAUAUUUAAGCCUUUUACAGACAUGUUCUAAUCCGGAAACAUUAGAAGCUGCGGCGGGAGCAUUGCAGAAUCUCGCCGCUUGUUACUGGCAACCUAGCAUUGAAAUUCGUGCAGCUGUACGGAAGGACAAGGGCCUUCCUAUUUUAGUCGAAUUGUUAAGAAUGGAGGUGGAUCGAGUAGUAUGUGCAGUGGCUACUGCCCUGAGAAAUCUCGCGAUAGAUCAGCGCAAUAAAGAGCUAAUUGGUAAAUAUGCGAUGAGAGAUCUCAUUCAGAAGUUACCCUCGGGAAAUAAUCAGCAUGAUCAGGGGACGAGCGACGAUACGAUAGCAGCAGUGCUUGCGACUUUGAACGAGGUCAUCAAAAAGAACGCCGAAUUUUCACGAUCGUUAUUGGACGCCGGUGGGGUCGACAGGCUUAUGAACAUAACUCGACAACGUCAAAAAUAUACCCCACGUGUUCUCAAGUUUGCAGGACAAGUUCUCUUUACUAUGUGGCAACAUCAGGAAUUACGAGACGUUUAUAAGAAACACGGUUGGAAGGAACAAGACUUCGUUACAAAAACUGUAGCAGCUCGAAAUUCUGGACCCAAUUCGCCAAAUAAUGCCAACAGCUAUGAUUGUAGCACAUUGAAUCGACCAAUGGCGAGCCAGGGUAGUACGAGAUACGAAGAUCGAACGAUUCAAAGAGCUAAUAUUAAUUCUAAUAACGUUGGACGACCUACUAUUUAUCAAUCUCAGCCGAAACCCGGUGAGCCGCUCUACGCGCAAGUUAACUUGGAGAAGAAAAAGAAGCGGCAAUACGAGCUGGGGGUGGGCCAGGGCGGUGGCGGUGGAGGUGGCGGAGGCGGCGCCGGUAGCGGUGGUGGUGGUGGUGGUGGUGUUGGUGUUGGUGUUGGUGUUGGUGGUGUUGGUAUUGGUGGUGUUGGUGUUGUCGGUGGUCAGAAUCAGGGACCGGUCGGUACGGUAUCGAGCGUUACUGGUGGAGCUGGUGGUACGCCAGGUACCACUCAGUGGAUGCCUGAUGGCGUCUCCAUCGGUGUCCAAGAUGGGACAUCAGGAAAUGCGACCGUUAGUAUACCACCAAGUUCAACAGCGGCAUCGGCAGGUGAUUCUUGGGUAUAAAAUGCGUCCUGUAAACUCGCGAAAUUUUUUUCUAACGUCGAUUGGAUUCAAUGAACGGAGGGAUCACAUCGGCAUUUGAACUUUUUCACGUUCGACGACGAUGACAACAACAAUAACAACAACGACAACUACGACUACUACGACUACGACUACGACGAUGACGACGACGACGACGACGACGAUGACGACAACGAUGACGACUACGAUAAUUACGACUGCUAUUAAUACUAUUACUACCAAUGCUACUAUUACUACAACUAUUAACUAUUUCUCUUAUUAUGACUACUAUGACUACGAUGCGUUCUUCUUCCUCAAAUUUUUCGUCCUCGUCGUUAUAUCCAUCAUCAUUGUCAUCAUUGUUAUCAUUAUUAUCAUUAUUAUCGUCGUUAUCAUUAUCAUCAUCGUCAUCAUCAUUAUCAUUAUCAUCAUCAUUAUCACCACCAUCUUCUUUUACUCCGAGCCUGCUCGUCGUCGAGCACAGCGAAAUAUAUGUAUGUCUACGAUUAUCGGCCAUUGAAGAACUAGGACGAUUCAAGGAGGAAGAAGCCUUUUCCGUUCUUUCUUCCUCCCUCCCUUAUCUUUUGGCGCUGAGAAAAGGAAAGAAAAAAGAAGGGAAAAGCUUUUGAUAAGCUUUUUUCAACUGUCAAGUACACCAUAACGCUCUUUUAAUUAAUUCAAAUCAGCGAUCCCCGUAACUCCUUUUUUCUUUACACUGGAUUGUACACACAUUUAUAUAUAUAUAUAUAUAUAUAUAUAUAUAUAUAUAUAUAUAUAUAUAUAUAUAUAUAUAUAAACUCUUAUGUGUUAGUGUUACAAGAGAAAUUUGUUGAGAUAAUAAGCAUGACUUGAACAUACAUACAUACAUAUAUAUGUAUAUAUAUAUAUGUGUUUAUAUAUAUAUAUAUAUAUAUAUAUUUAUAUAUAUAUACGAACUUACGUAUACAAUAACGUAUUAUUAUCAUCGUGUUAUGACAAAUGCGAAAAAGAGGAGAAUUAAAAAAUGCACUUUCUUGCACCCUUUAUUUGAUAUAUGACGUCUAAUAAAUAAAAAAAAAAAAAUAAUGGCGACUCGUCCGACCACAUCCGCAGCAAAAAGUAGUCGCACUAAUGGCUCUAAAGAUAUAACAAACAAACAAACAAAUAAGUAAAUAAAUAAAUAAAUAAAUAUACAAAUAAAUAAAGAAAACUUCAUUGCACAAUUCUAAAUUAAUACAUGUGUGUAUAUAUAUAUAUAUAUAUAUAUAAAUAUAAAUAUAAAUAUAUACACACAUAUACAUAUAGAUAUAUACAUACGUACAUAUAUACAAAUAUAUGAAUGUACAUGUACAUUUUAUGUCGCAUCACCGAACGCGACGGACGAUGAGUAUACCGAUGAGCGUACGCUGCUGUUUGCAUUAUUAUAAAUAAGUGUACGUAUUAAUAUACGAUUAGGAUAACAUAUAUAUAUAUAUACAUAUAUAUAUAUAUAUAUAUGUGUGUGUGUGUGUGCGCGUGCGCGUGUGUUCGACUGAGGAAAUAAGUGAGAGAGAAAGAAAGUGAUUAAUAAAUAACAUAUAUAUAUAUAUACACACACACGAACUUACGUACAUAUACAAAUAGCACUAUACACAAAAGCACUCGUAAGAAAGAAAUGAAAUAAUUAAGCGUGAUAUAUAUACAUAUAUACAUACAUACAUAUAUAUAUAUAUACACACAUAUAUAUAUAUAUACAUAUGUAAGUAAUAUAAUUAUUUGUAUUAACAUAAAUUUUGUCGAGGCUGUGGGUGUGGCAUGAGGAUGGUGAUGAGAUUUAUAAGCUGCACUAUUAUUACAAACAUAUAUAUAUAUAUAUAUAUAUAUAUAUAUAUAUAUAUAUAUAUAUAUAUAUAUAUAUUAUUUGUUUUUACGGCGCAUGGGUUAAGAAACAAAAAAGAAUAUACAUUAUAUAUACAUUAUAUACGUAUACACACACAGAUAAAUAUACAUAUUACACAUACACACAUACAUACAAAUACAUAUACACAUGACAUAGAAAAAAAAGAGAUAAUAUUCUAUGUAUAUGCGAAAAGAACAAGACAAAAAAAAAAGAAAAGGAAAGGAAAGAGAAGAAGAAGAGAAAAGAGAAAAGAAAAAAGAAAAAAGAAAGAUGCGUGUGCCUGCGAAAAAAAAAAAUAUAAUGUGUCUCUGCUCGUGUGUUCGACGUCGGAUUGAUAUGAUUGUCCCUUAUCUGUGCGUGCAAAAUAAUGCGCGCGAUUAUAAGAUUUAAGAAGAGAGAGAGAGGGAGAGAGAGAGCUCGGCCAUUGAAUAGUCGGAGAAAAAUGAAAAAAAUAAAAAAAGAAAGGAAGGAAAGGAAAGGAAAUAAAAAAUAAAAUAAAGUAAAAUGAAAAAGAGGAAGAAGGAUGAAAUUAGAGAUGGAAGAGAGAUCGACAAACGGUAAAUGUCGAAUUUAUAGAUAAAGGUAUAUAUAUAUAUAUAUAUAUAUAUAUAUUUAUGUAUUAUAUCGCACUCGAAUUUACAUAAUUAUUAUUAACAACAACAACAACAACAACAAAAAGGAGCCCAUAGAAGGUAUUGCUAUGAUGGAACGAAAAGAUUUAUAAAAAAAAAAAUUAAUAAUAAAAAAGGAUAAAUAAAGAAAGGAAGAAAGAAAGAAAGAAAAAAAUGGCAGCGGUGAAGAUCAAUGAUCGUCAUUGGGCCAAUCGCGUAUCUCGUAAUGUUUUAAGAGAGAUCGAUGGGGAUGGAAGAUAGAUUGAAAAAAAUGGAAAUAAUGAAAGGGAAUGAUGAAUAAUGUAAUAACGUUAUCGACUGGUUGCGAGAAUAUAUUAUUGAUAGUCGAUAUAUAAAUAUUAUAUAUAUAUAUAUAUAUAUAAUAUAUAAUAUAUGUAUAUAUGUAUGUAUAUCUCUCUCUCUAUAUAUAUAUAUAUAUAUAUAUAUAUAUAUUAUAUAUAUACAUAUAUAUAUAUACAUCUUUGUUCUAUUUCUUAAAUGAUAUUACGAUAGUUGACGAAUGAUGUUUGUGAAUGAUUCGAUCGAACGUAAAGAGCGUCGAAUAUUAAGAAUUACAGAAAAAAGAAAAAAAAAAAUAAAUAAAUAAGAAAAAAAGAAAAAGAAAACAAUAAGAAAAGUAAGAAAGUAAAUUAAGACAGAUAGAAAGAGAUAAUGAGUUUAUAGCAAACAUAGCUUUGCUCUCGUGCACGGAUUAAUAUGAAUGAUUGCAUUUAGAUUUCAAAGCAAUCUAAAUUGGCUCGAUCGAUCGUACGUUACCGAUCAUAUUCGAUGUUCGAAGUUAAUCCCUCGUUGUUUAAAAAAAAAAAUAUAUAUAUAUAUAUAUAAUAAUAAUAAUAAUAAUAAUAAUAAACAAAAUAAAAUAGAAAGGAAAACACAAAGAAGAAGAGAAACAAAUAAACAAACGAACAAGCGUAUACGUAAAUACACGCAAAACUCGUAUCACGAGUCGUCUGACUGACUUAUCGAUCAUAUGCAUACAUGUAUAUAUUAAUAAUAUAAUUAUUAUUGUCAAACAUACAUACACACAGACACACAGACACAGAGAGACAUACACACGCAUACAUAACGCGCACCAAUUUUUUUUUCUUUUUUUUUCUUUUUUUUUUUUUUCUCUUAUUUUUUAAUUUUCUAAUCAACGUUAUAAUAAAACUGCGAUGAUUAAGGGAGGGAGUAAUGUAGUCGCUGACGAAAAUGGUACGAAACAAACAAAAGAAAAAUAAAAUGAAACGAGAAAACAAACAAAAGGAAAAACAAACUAAAAACAAAAAAGAAAAAAAUAGAAAAGAACGGAGAAAAAAGAACGAGCGAACGUAGAUAGAGAAUGUGCGAAAAAAAGCGUCUGCGUCGAUGGGGUAUGGAUUAAAGGGAGACAAGGGAAGAAAAAAAAAAGAAAAGAAAAAAAAAGAGGAAAAAGGAAGAAAAGAAGGAAAAAAAGGGGGGCGGGAAGAAAGAAAGAAUAAAGGAGAACGAGAAAAAAAAAACAAAGUAUCAAAUCGCAUAACAAAAGGCUAUAAUAUGGCACCCGCGUGUAUAAACAAAGAGCACUCAUAAAAAAGAAAAGUAAAGAAAAAGAAAAAAAAUUAGUCUAUCACUUGUAUCAUCUCGUACAUGCUCAUUUUUCUUUUAAUCCUCUUUAUAUGGAAGAAUAUAACGCUUUCUGUGCAAAGACGGAGGAUAAUUAUUCUCGAAGAAAGUUUUGAUAAAACGUAGGAAAGAACCAAAAAUAAUAGGGGGAAAAAAAAAAAAAAUAAAAAAAAAAUAAAAAAAAGAAAAAGAAAAAGAAAAGACAAUAGAAGAAAAAGAAGAAGAAGAAGAAGAAGAAAAAGGAGGAGGAGGAGGAGGAACAGGUAAACAAAGAAGAAAAAACAAAAAGAGAGAAAAAAAAAAGGAAACACACCUUUCGAAGAUUCGUGAUUCGUCGAGAAAAUUAUCCUGCCCUCCCCACCCCCAUCCCCUUCCUCUUCCCCUUCUCUCCCUCUCUUUCCUUUUCUUCCCACCCUACCUGUCUCACCUGAGAUCUCUUCUACACUUACGUUUCCCUUCGUUGUCCUUAAAGUAUCAUGGAAGAUCGUAAUAAUAAGGUUAAAAAAAAAAAAGAAGGGCUAAGUUGGAGGACGAUAAUGAGCGUAUCGCGGGUGGAAGGGAUCAGGGGUGAGGGUGAGGAGGGGAGGAGGGGGGAGUGUGAAGGGGACUAAGUAUGAUGAUGAAAAGGAGAAUGAAAGUAAAUAAAAAAUUAAAAAAAAAAAAAAAAAAAAAAUGAAGAAAAAGAAAAAAAGAAAAGCAACCCUUCGAGCUUAACCCCUUCGGAAUUCAACGACCAAUUCUGAUAUCUAAUAAAUCUUUUGGCGAUUUACUUGCGAACACGUAUAAACACACACGUACACGUAUAAACGCACAAACACACACGAAGGUGGAUGGAAGAGGAGAAGGUGGAGGGGUAAGAGGGACGACGAAUAUUGGCUAGGGAGAUAAGAUGGUGUGUUAAAGAAAUAUUUGUAUCUACAGAGUAUAAUUCACGGUUUAUAAUAAUUACGUGAAAUAUUUUCAAAGAUUAUGGACCAUUCCGUUCGAUGGACGAUGCUAUACGAUUAAAGUGACGUGGGGAUGGUAAGAAGGAAGGGUAGUAAAUAUGAAGGGAUAGAUGGGAUAGGUCGUUAGAUAAUGAUUGGAAAGAGUACAUGGCUUUUAUAAAUGGUAUAGCACGAGACUGAUGGACAAUGGCAAAAGAAGACAAAAAAAAAAAAAAAAACACAAAAAAAAAAAAAAGAAAAAUUAUAAUGAAAUAAAGUAAUAAUGAAUUAAGAAAUCUGACGAUGAAAUAUAAUACUGUCGAUUAAAAAUGGACUUGCUUUAUGCGAAAUCCGUAUAAAAAUGUACGUAUGUAAUUUCUCAUCGUACGUUUCAAGUACCAUUCCAUAUUGCGUUACGAUAAAUAUUCGCGCGUACUCGCAAUCUCCUCGCGAAGUGUGGCAAUCUUUUUUUUUCUUCUUUUUUUUUUUUUUUCUUUUUUUUCUUCUCCCC